AUGACGUUCUGCGAGCAAGGGUGUCAUGGUGGUGUGUACCAGAGGAAGCUCUACAGGGAGCUGAUGGUGAACUACAACCGCCUGGAGCGCCCCGUCCACAACGACUCCGCCCCCAUCGUGGUGGAGCUGGGCCUCACCCUGCUGCAGAUCAUCGACGUGGAUGAAAAGAACCAGGUGAUGAUCACCAACGCUUGGCUGCAACUGCACUGGACGGACGCCUACCUGAUGUGGAACCCAGAGAACUACCCGGGAGUGCAGACCAUCCGGUUCCCCUCCAGCCAGGUGUGGGUCCCGGACAUCCUGUUGUACAACAGUGCAGAUGAGCGCUUCGACGCGACGUUUCACACCAACGUGCUGGUCAACUCCUCAGGGGCCUGCCAGUACAUCCCCCCUGGGAUCCUGAAGAGCACCUGCUACAUCGACGUCCGCUGGUUCCCCUUCGACGUGCAGAAGUGCGACCUCAAGUUCGGCUCGUGGACCCACAACGGCUGGCUGCUGGACCUGCAGAUGAUGGACGUGGACAUCUCCACGUACAUCCCCAACGGGGAGUGGGACCUCGUGGGCGUGCCGGCCAAGCGUAACGAGCUGUACUACGAGUGCUGCAAGGAGCCGUACCCCGACGUGACCUUCACCGUCACCAUGCGCCGGCGGACGCUCUACUACGGCCUCAACCUGCUCAUCCCCUGCGUGCUCAUCUCCGGCCUGGCUCUGCUCGUCUUCCUGCUGCCCGCCGACUCUGGAGAGAAGAUCUCUCUGGGUAUCACCGUCCUCCUCUCCCUGACCGUCUUCAUGCUGCUGGUGGCUGAGAUAAUGCCGGCCACCUCCGACUCCGUCCCUCUCAUAGCCCAGUACUUUGCCAGCACCAUGAUGAUCGUCGGAUUCUCUGUGGUGGUGACCGUACUGGUGCUGCAGUUCCACCACCACGACCCCCACGGAGGGAAGAUGCCCAAACUGGUCAGAAUAAUCCUCCUAAACUGGUGCGCCUGGUUCCUGCGGAUGAAGAAGCCCGGCGAGGACGCCAAGACGCCCGCCUGCCCCGUCAACCCCGUCCACCCCCAGGCCCGGUACUCCCACGCCAGCGCGCCCCACCACCACGCCAGCGUCAACAGCAUCCAGAUGUCCACUGUCCCGGGCCAGGCCUCCACCCACCCCCUGUCCUCCGCCCACGGCGCCACCGCCAGCGCCACCGCCACCAACGGCAGCAUGAACCUCUACUUCGGCUACCACUCCAUGGGCACGGAUAACCCCGCCUUCCCCCCCAGCAGUGCCGACUCGGGGGUGAUGAUGUGUGCCAGCGGCGGCGGCGGCGGCGGCGGCGGCGGCGGAGGUGGCAGCAGCCAGGCCAGCGACGUCCACUCGGAGCACAUGCGGACGCUGCUGAUGGAGCAGGUGCCGGAGAUCUCCCGCAUCCUGGAGGAGGUGCAGUACAUCGCGGGCCGCUUCCGGGCCCGCGACCGGGGCGACGCCAUCUGCAGCGAGUGGAAGUUCGCGGCGGCGGUGGUCGACCGGCUCUGCCUGGUGGCGUUCUCUCUCUUCUCCAUCAUCUGCACGUUCACCAUCCUCAUGUCGGCGCCCAACUUCAUCGAGGCCGUGUCCAAGGACUUCACAUGAGGACGCCGUUCCCUCGUUCCUCUAAACCCCCAGGCCCAAACCCAUCCCUCCGCCACCAGCACCGCCAUCUUCCUCAGAGACGAGACGAUGAAGAGACCCAGAAAAACCUAACACCAUAAAAGCUGCGCCUCCCGCGGUUAUUCCUUUGUAGCAACCGUAGCGCGCGCCGGUCUCCUGCGAGAUCACCGUAGGAUCCAGCUCCUGCUCGAUAGACCUCUGGGUGUUAUAGCAUUGUGUGCUUCAGCUCCUCACUACACCUCCCCAGUCGGCAGGUUCUCUUACCUUUAGAGGGGGGAGACUGCAGCUUCACAUGCACUUCAGUAGCUCAGUUUAAUGUCAUCCGUUGUGUUUCGCGUUUCCCUCAAUAGACGUAUGA